UGUAUUGUGCGACGAUCGCACUAAAAUUCAAAAGAAAUUAAAUUAUUUAUUGAUUUAUUGCCGGGUCAGUGAAUUCAACGCAAUCCAGAUAACAUGGCGUUAAAAGUUUUAGUUGGCCAAAAGAUCAUGAAUGAGGUGGUGAAGUAUAAGCCGCCACCACCAAAAAAGGCGGGCGCUCCUGGUGCUGCCAAGGCAGCCGGCGCCGGUGGCAUUGAGUGGCGUGUCCUGGUGGUCGAUAAGCUGGGCAUGCGCAUGGUCUCCGCCUGCACCAAGAUGCACGAGAUUAGCGCCGAGGGCAUAACAUUGGUUGAGGACAUCAACAAGAAGCGAGAGCCGCUGCCGACAAUGGAUGCCAUCUACUUGAUAACGCCAUCGGACGAAUCUGUGCGAUCGCUCAUACGCGACUUUGAGAAUCCGGCGCGUCCGAUGUAUCGCUAUGCGCAUGUUUUCUUUACCGAGGCGAUACCACCCCGCAUAUUCGAAAUGCUGCAAUCGCACAAAGACAUUUGUCGUCGCUAUGUGCGCACCUGCAAAGAGAUCAAUAUUGCCUUUUUGGCCUAUGAAGCGCAGGUCUUCUCGCUGGAUUCGCCGGACACUUUCCAAUGUCUGUAUUCGCCGGCGUUCGCCUCGAUACGCGGCAAGCACAUUGAACGGAUCGCCGAGCAAAUCGCUACGCUGUGCGCCACACUAGGCGAAUAUCCGAAUGUUCGCUAUCGCAGCGACUGGGACCGAAAUAUCGAUUUGGCUGCAUCGGUGCAGCAGAAGCUGGAUGCCUAUAAGGCCGACGAGCCAACAAUGGGCGAGGGACCGGAGAAGGCGCGCUCCCAGCUGCUGAUUCUCGACCGUGGCUUCGACUGUGUGUCGCCGCUGCUGCACGAGUUGACAUUGCAGGCGAUGGCCUACGACCUGUUGCCCAUUGUGAAUGAUGUGUACCGCUAUUGUCCCGGUCCCAACCAGCCGGACAAGGAGGUGCUGCUCGAUGAGAACGACGAUCUGUGGGUGGAGUUGCGUCAUGAGCAUAUUGCCGUUGUCUCCACACAGGUCACCCAGAACUUGAAGAAGUUCACCGAUUCCAAGCGCAUGAGCUCCACUGAUAAAUCGUCGAUGCGCGAUCUCUCGCAAAUGAUCAAGAAGAUGCCGCAGUAUCAGAAGGAGCUAUCCAAGUAUUCCACCCAUUUGCAUUUGGCUGAGGAUUGCAUGAAAUCGUACCAGAACUAUGUCGAUAAGCUGUGCCGUGUCGAACAGGAUCUGGCCAUGGGCACCGAUGCCGAAGGCGAGAAGAUCAAGGAUCAUAUGCGCAACAUUGUACCCAUUUUGUUGGAUGCGAAUGUUUCCAACUACGAUAAGGUGCGCAUCAUUUCGCUCUAUGUGAUGAUCAAGAAUGGCAUCUCCGAGGAGAAUCUGACCAAGCUCUUCACACACGCUCAGUUGUCAACGAAGGAUCAGGAUAUGGUGCGAAAUCUCAGCUACCUGGGCAUUAAUGUUAUCGCUGAUUCACGCAAGAAGAUCUACUCGGUGCCACGAAAGGAGCGCAUCACCGAAAGCACCUACCAAAUGUCACGCUGGACACCAGUGAUCAAGGACAUUAUGGAGGAUUGCAUUGAGGAUAAGUUGGAUCAGCGUCACUUCCCGUUCUUAGAGGGGCGUGCACAGAAUACCAAUUAUCAUGCACCGACUAGCGCUCGCUACGGCCAUUGGCAUAAGGAUAAGGCACAGACGCAGGUUAAGAAUGUGCCACGCCUCAUCAUUUUCAUAGUCGGCGGUGUGAGCAUGUCGGAGAUGAGAUGCGCUUACGAGGUGACCAAUGCGGUACGUAACUGGGAGGUGAUAGUCGGCUCCUCGCAUAUCCUGUCGCCGGAAAUUUUCCUCAGCGAUCUGGGCAGCCUCUCCAAGGAGGAUUAAGUACAGUGAAGCACAUCUCUUAGCCAGAUCUGUAAUUUGUUAUUCGCAAUAUAUCGACAUAUA